AUGUACGCAAACCCGGACCACUACGACCCCGAUGGACUGUCGCCAACACAGCGCCUUUUUAUUCUCACGCAGCCGCCCAGCUACCGCGAUCUCCACCUCUGGCCGUCCCGCCCUUCCACCUUCAAGAAUUGUUUGGAGAGCUACUCUGUUGAGGUGCAAAGAGUGGCAGGCGAGCUGCUGGGAGCCAUGGCGGAGAACUUGGGCGUGAGAGACCAUUCGGACUUGACAAGGCUCGCGGCGUCACAGUCAGUGAGGAUGAACUACUACCCGCCUUGCCCGGAGGCACACGUGGACAGGAUGCUGGGCCUGUCGCCGCACUCGGACGCCGUCGGGCUGACGCUGCUGCUGCAGGUCAGCAAGGUCCCCGGGCUGCAGAUCAGGCGGAAAGGCGGCUGGGUCCCGGUCACACCGCUCCCCGGCGCCCUCGUCGUCAACGUCGGCGACGUGAUUGAGGUGUUCACCAACGGGAAGUACAGGAGCGUGGAGCACAGGGCGGUGGUUAACGCACGCCACGAGCGGAUGUCCAUCGCGACGUUCCACAGCGGGAAGUUCGGCACCAUGUACGGGCCGCUGGAGGAGGCCGUCGGAGACGAGGAGCCGCGGUACAGGAGUGUCAGCGUCGAGGAGUAUGUGAAGCUCGUGGUCUCCAGCAAGCUCGACGGCAAGAACAUCAUGGACGCCAUGAAGAUCGAUUGAUGCUUUGAUAGCAAUACAUGUGGCCAUCGUCGUGGUGUCCACUAAAGUCUCUCUUAUGUCUCUGUUAAUGUCUUAAUGAUGGUUGAUUUGAGGCCCGAUUUACAGUA